GUCACGUGUCCGCUACAGUAGGAUCAUAUGACUUCAGUCGAUGAAAAUGAAAGCUGGGUGCAGCCAGCUUAAACCUGCAGUGCUUAUUUUGGUCUUUAAUUUAUGUUUUUACGGAAGUUAUCAGGUGACCGAUCUGCAGGUAUGUGAACUCUGCAGCGGGACUAUCCAAAAUGGCACUGCAGUGGGCCGGUUCUGCUCCUCAUCCGCUGGUCGGAUAGAAGGACGCUGCUGCUUGAGAAAUGAAAACACAAGCGACCCUGAACACAUCAUCGGGUUGGAUCUGUCCAACUGUUCACUAACUCAUGUGGAGGAUCUUCAGAGAGCAUCAACAGCAUUAAUGAUAGACCUCUCACUCAAUCCCAUUGUCAACAUCAGUGACACAGCCUUUCAAGGAUUUGUUGAGUUAAAUUACAUGAUUUUACCACAAGACUUAUCUUGUCCAGGAGGCAACACUUCUUGGGUAAAGGUGGAGAUCAAAGAGGGAAAUCGCUUCUGUGAAGGCCAACAAGAUAUGUGCAACCAGAUCGGACAGCUGUCCAUGAACUGCCCGGAGAACUCCCUCUGCGCUCCCUACGGCCCGAGCUUCUUCGAGUGCAGUUGCGCUGACAACUAUCAUGGAUACAAGUGUCUCAGAGAGGGGGAGUUCCCAGUUCUGCAGGUGUUCGGGCCUCUUGGAGCAUCAACAUUUGUGAUCUCUCUCCUGCUGUGGCUCACCCAGAGACGUAAGGCCGAGCCACUCUGAACUGCACAAUGAGUUAUAUUCGAAAGGGAAAAUGCUGACACAAAGUCUGAGGUGACUCCAGGCUUUUUUCUAAACUACAUUUUGUAUUACUUUUGCGUCAGCUUUAUUUCAUUUAGGUACAUUUUUAAAACUGACAGACAUUUUUUAAGCACCAUCAGUGCAAUUUUAGGGGGAAAGCAAGUUGAACAUUUUAAAUAGUUUUACAUUUUGGCAAUAAUACCACUGUUACCACUUUAAUUAUAUUUUUUAAAUGACAAGAUACUAAUGAGCAAGUUAUAUUAAGGGAAUUCUGAGGCUUUGCUCGCUCUUAUCUGUGCUAAACAUGCACUGAAUGUGUGUGCGUUUACAUGAUGGAACUACUUGGAGAAUUUCACAAAGUGUUGCUGCAUGUUGAACAUGUUCUUCACUCACAGCAAAACCAAGUCCUGAUCAAAGAGAUGACAUUUAUUUUUACUGUAUAAAGUUACAUUUUAAAAGAGAGUCGUUGAGAUGAACUACUACAGCACAUUAUCUAGUCUUCACCUGCUUUUCUGAUCUUAAUCUGAACACAUCUGAACUGAUCUGAUAAAAUGCGUUUAGUCACAUGUCAAAUGUCUUGCUGUUGAUUGGAAAGCAGUUUUGAUGCUUCUACCCAAUGAGAUUGAGAGUUUUAAUAAAGUAUUGUAAUAAAAAAUGAAAAACAAAA